AUGUUCAAGAUCAAAUUUGCUCUCGAACCAUUCUUGGCUCUCCUCCUCUUAUCGGUCGUUACCGACUUAUCGCGGUUGGCUUUCGGUGGCGAUUUUGGAAAAGUAUUCGUAUCAGGAGCUGAGGUGAUUAAGAUUGGCGGCAAAGUACACAGUGAAAAUUUGUUCGUUGUGAAUAGGGAGCUUUCUCCGGAUGGCUUCGAACGCUCUACCGUUCUCGCUGGAUUAUCUUCUCAGAAUGGAACGUUCCCUGGGCCACUUAUUACAGGAACCAAAGGGGACCGAUUUCAGAUCAACGUGACGGACCUUCUCACCGACAGCACAAUGGCGAGAAGUACUAGUAUCCACUGGCACGGUCUUUUCCAAAAAACUACCAACUAUGCCGAUGGGGUAUCUUUCGUGUCUCAAUGCCCCAUCGUCGCGAACCACUCGUUUAUGUAUGAUUUUCAAGUUCCAGAUCAAGCGGGCACCUUCUGGUACCAUAGUCACCUGUCGGUUCAAUACUGCGACGGCUUGCGAGGUCCCAUUGUGAUAUAUGACCCACUCGACCCACACCGAUUCUUAUAUGAUGUAGACGAUGAAUCUACGGUCAUCACGAUUGCAGACUGGUAUCAUGAUACAAGCUACGAACUCAUUGCGAAACGGGCUGGUCUGACCCCUGAUGCGACUUUGAUUAACGGCAAAGGACGCUACGUUGGAGGUGUAAGCAUCCUUAAAGUCUUACCUGCUCAGCUCCAACGUUUACCCCUUCUCUCACAGCCUAACAUCCCUCUAGAAGUAAUCAACGUCGAAUACGGAAAACGUUACCGUUUUCGUGUCAUCUCCAUGUCGUGUGGCGUCGACCACGGCUUCUCCAUUGACGGACACGAUCUAACCAUCAUUGAAGUCGACGGAGUCAACACCCAACCGCUCACGGUAAAUCAUAUCCAACUCUACGCUGCGCAGCGGUACUCCGUUGUCCUACAUGCCAACCAGAAACCGGAUGUGUAUCGUAUAAGAGCACUAGCGACCUCUGGUGUGGGUGCCCAGAACUUCACCAAUGGUGUGAACUCGGGUAUCUUGAGAUACAAGAACGCGGCUGGAAAUUCUGAUAGAGAGCCUACGUCCUCACAGCAGAGUCAUAUGGUGUCAUUGAAUGAAAAUGAUCUCCGACCCCUAGAGUGUCCUGGAGCUCCAGGGAAGCCUUAUCCUGGCGGAGCUGACCUUGUUCUGAACUUGACAAUGGGUUUUGGUGUAGCCCCUGGUGCCAGCGCUCCGUCGUUUUUCAUGAACAAUGUAUCAUAUGUGUCUCCGAAGGUUCCGGUGCUUUUACAGAUCCUGAGCGGCGCUCAAAGCGCUCAGGAUUUGCUACCCGCUGGGAGCGUGUAUACGCUACCGCGGAACAAGGUCAUUGAAAUCAAUCUACUUGGAGGUAGUGCUAUUGGUGGACCACAUCCUUUCCAUCUGCAUGGUCAUGCCUUCGAUGUUGUCAAGACCUCAAGUAGCUCAGACUACAACUUUGUAGAUCCGGUCCGUCGAGAUGUGACACUGGUGAAUCAGAACGGUCAAACGACUAUUAGGUUCCUUACCGACAACCCAGGACCUUGGUUCUUACACUGUCAUAUCGACCCUCAUCUUGAGGCCGGUCUUGCUGUUGUCCUAGCAGAAGACACUAGGGACACGAAAUCGAAUGAUCCAGUUCCGGCCGGCUGGGAUACACUGUGUCCGAUUUAUGAUAGUUUGACUCCUGAUCAACUGCCUUGA